AUGGCCUUUCCGAAUUUCGUGCCGCAGCUGCAGGCGUGGUACCAGGCACAGGUGCAAGCUCGCCCCGGCCUCAUGGCAGUGAUCUCGGUGUUUGCAAGCAUCCCGCGACGGGUCGCCCUGAUCGUCGCCUAUCUGUGCAUGGAGGUUUUGAUGGGGGUGGUCAGCUUGGGUAUGCUGGCGGUGGUGGUUGUCCUGGGGCUUUUUCUGGGAGCAUUGCUUAUUAACGCUGUGGGUGAUCGCGAAAAUCCAUGGGUUGGUUUGGUUCCGGAACCUCGCUCCAUUUAUCUGGGACGCAAUAGUUGCAGUAAAAAGGGAUUUGGUAACGGCAGUGGAGGCGUGCAUCGUGACACUGCUCGCGGCCACAAUCGUCACGGGCACGGGGAUAUUCAGUCUGGUCCUCUCAACGGUCAUGGCGUCCCAUCUGGUGGCUAA